GUACAUAUCGAUAUGCCGGGUUUUGGUUAGGAAUAACACUCAGAUUGGGUUAGUCUCACACAUAUUAAUUGAAUAAUCAGCUCGGCUUAUAAGCAGGUCUCUGAGAUUUAUCUGUGCACAAAACGCUACUCGAGUAAGACUUCAGUCAAGUAUUGGUGAUGUGGCGAUUCAAAAGUUGAAUAUCAAUUCCUAAAAGUGUACUUUAAGGUAAAACUCUUCUUUGUUGCCCAACUUGUUUGUCGAUUUUGAUUGAUUUGGGGUGGAUGCAAUAAGAAAUUGUCUGGCAUUGGAAGCUGUUGCUGGGGCUCGGCUAUUUAACUCCUUCAAUAUGUCACCGAAAUGUCUAAGUGGACAGAUAAUGCAGAGUCUGGUGGCAGAAACAGUCGGCUGCUUGGCCAUGGCCAUUGCUCGAAGAAAAUCAAUUUGACAAAGUAAAGAAAACUGUUAUCCCUGGUGAUUGAUUAUGCAGCCGACUCAAGUGACUGGCCAAAAGUUGCUCGGCUGCUUCGAUUGGGUCACCAGGCGUAUCAUUAAUUUCCUGAGCGGCGGGAUGGACGCCAUGUUAGUCGCCGUUACGGACAUGCAUCUAAAGUCUUUCUGCUUUCGUUUCAUUGCAGGCGUUUCCGCGGAGCUCUACUAUGUGCGGGAGGGCGCCAUCAAUGACUACGCGCUGAACUUUGCGGUGCCGGUGCCGGCGAACAUAAGCGAUGUUACGUUUACCUGGCAGUCGCUCGUGGAGCAUCCAUUGCCCUAUAGCAUCAAUGUGGCCACCUCGGAUGUGGGUGUUCUGCCACGGCCGAUGCUGAACAUCUCGCGCAUUGGCGAUGUGCCCCAGGAGCCACAGACAUGGGGCGUCAGCCUCAAGUGCUCGGGCACGCGGGCAGCGGAGGUGACCGUUACCAUCAGCGUAGAGGUUAUACUGGACCGGGCGACCAACAACAACACGAAUCUCAUCUUUAAACGUAAGAAAAUUUGCUUGAAGGACGAGCCAAACGACGCACGGGAGGAAUACGAUGACGAGGAACCACUGCAUCCGGACCUGACUGGUCACGACGAUAUUCACUACACGGAACACAACGAAGACACCGCAGAGCACGUCAUAUCCGACGGUCAUGUGCCCUCCAAUGUGGAGCAUGGAAAGGCGACCGAGAGACACCGUGUGGUGGUGACUGAGCCAACCGUGGUUGUGGGACGAGGUGCUGGCGGGGCAGGCUCGAACAAUGAGUACGAUCCACUCUUGCGGGAAACUCUCGUGCCUCCCACCAGCGGACUGAUCACUUUGAUAGUGGGCGGCAUUUUGGCACUGGUGCUCGUCUCGACACUCAUAUUGAUAGCCUACUGCGCAAAGGGGCCCUCGAAGCGACAUCCCUCGAACGGCGUGCAUCUGAUUAAGACCUCCAGCUUCCAGCGCCUGCCCACCAUUUCCUCUACGGCACACAAUUCGAUCUAUGUCUGCCCCUCGACCAUCACACCCACAUAUGCGACGCUGACGCGGCCCUUUCGCGAAUAUGAGCAUGAGCCUGAGGAGUUCAACCGCCGUCUCCAGGAGCUGACAGUCCAAAAAUGUCGCGUGCGCCUCUCCUGCCUCGUCCAAGAGGGAAACUUUGGGCGCAUCUAUCGCGGCACUUAUAACGACUGCCAGGAGGUUCUGGUCAAGACUGUGGCGCAGCAUGCAAGCCAGCUACAAGUGAAUCUUCUGCUUCAAGAAUCCAUGAUGCUAUAUGAGGCAACACACCCCAAUGUCCUAGCUGUGCUCGGAAUUUCUAUUGAGGACUUUGCCACACCAUUCGUGCUCUAUGCCGCCACCGGCAGUGUUCGCAAUUUAAAGACCUUCCUGCAGGACCCGUCGUAUGCCAGAAGCGUUACCACCAUUCAAACGGUGCUAAUGGCCUCCCAGCUGGCCAUGGCCAUGGAGCAUUUGCACAACCAUGGAGUCAUUCAUAAGGAUAUUGCGGCCAGGAACUGUGUCAUUGAUGAUCAGCUGCGCGUGAAGUUAACCGACAGCGCCCUCAGCCGCGACCUCUUCUCCGGUGACUACAACUGCUUGGGAGAUGGGGAGUAUCGACCCAUCAAGUGGCUGUCGCUCGAGGCACUGCAGAAGUCGCACUACAACGAGGGAAGCGAUGUUUGGUCCUUUGGGGUGCUCAUGUGGGAGAUGUGCACAUUGGGCAAGCUUCCCUACGCCGAGAUCGAUCCGUAUGAAAUGGAGCAUUAUCUAAAGGACGGCUAUAGACUGGCACAGCCCUUCAACUGCCCCGACGAACUUUUCACUAUUAUGGCCUACUGCUGGGCCUCCAUGCCCGCCGAGCGACCCUCGUUCAGUCAGCUUCAGAUCUGCCUAUCGGAGUUCCAUACACAGAUCACCAGAUAUGUUUAACCUGCGGUAAUGAAGCACACCAAGACCUGUAAAUAUAACAAAAGGCGACGUCGUAAGAUUUCGCAGCAAACGACGUCCGCAACUUUGUUUCCAAAGACAUAUUUAAAUUAAAGCGCCUAAAGGGCGUCUAAGAAGCGAUAAUGUGGGAGAUAUGGAUACGAGUGAGGGCCCAUUGUUGUCCCCCACAAUAAAUAGUUACUUACUAAUUGU